GAAGGAGUUUGCGCGGCGCCGGCUACGGGCGUACGGGAGUUUCCGUAGGUUCUCUGCGCUACGGCCGCUGCUCUUUGGUCAGAGAGCGCCCCUCGCCUCGGCCGCGCCCGGCUCCUCCCGCCUGCCCCAGGCCGAGCGCUGGCGCCAUGUCGGCCUAUCCCCGAAGCUACAACCCGUUCGACGACGACGCGGAGGACGAGGGCGUCCGGCCGGCGCCGUGGACGGACAACCGCGACCUCGCGGACUGGCCCGGCGCUCCCGCCGACCGACAGCAGGCCCUGCGGCAGGAGGUGCUGCUCCGGGCCGAGGCCACGGCCGCCAGCACCGGCAGGUCCCUGUCCCUAAUGUACGAGUCCGAGAGGAUCGGGGUCGCCUCCUCCGAGGAGCUCGUGCGCCAGCGAGGGGCCUUGGAGCGCACGGAGAAGAUGGUAGACAAGAUGGAGCAGGAUCUGAAGACCAGCCAGAAGCACAUCAACAGCAUCAAGAGUGUGUUCGGAGGGCUCGUCAAUUACUUCAGAUCCAAACCCUCAGAGACCCCACCUGCGCAGAAUGGCACCCUCGCCCCCCAGCCCAGCAGCAGGUUGAAAGAAGCCAUAAGUACAAGCAAAGACCAGGAGGCACAGUACCAGGCCAGCCACCCAAACCUCAGGAAGCUCAAUGACUCAGACUCCAUCCCUGGAGGGGCCGAUUCUGCCAUGAGCUCCGAGGCUUACCCAAGGAACCCGCACCUGCGCACCUGUCACCAGAGGAUCGACAGCAACCUCGAUGAGCUGUCCGUGGGCCUGGGCCGGCUGAAGGACAUCGCCCUGGGGAUGCAGACGGAGAUUGAGGAGCAGGACGACAUUCUUGACCGCCUCACAACCAAAGUGGACAAGUUAGAUGUCAACAUCAAGAGCACAGAGAGGAAAGUUCGGCAGCUUUGAAGAUGGAGGUGGAUUUCCACUCCAUCGCGAUGAAAAGAUUUGAAAGGUCUUCUUUUAAACGCCCAAGAAAUUUCAGUUAUUACUUUAGAAUGUGAUUUCACAUGUGUUUGCAAAUGUUGUAACAGAGUGGGUCUCAAAAGAGGUUUUAUUGUAGAGAAAGCAUGUGCCCCACUUCUCUGAGGGCCCUGACUGGAGGUGUGCGGGCAGAGUGGUGGUCAUGCCGGCCUCUGCUUCCAUCUGCUGUGCUUCUCGUCCCCAGGCCUCCGCGAGGUAGAGCGCUGAGGGCCAUGUGACCCGUGUUUGUGGGCAUCCUUCUCCCCUCCACCCCCACGAGCACAUUGUGAUGCUCUGAGCCCCUUGGCAGGCAUUUGAUUUUAGUAGGAGGGGGUUCAGACCAGCCCUGCUCACUGUGACGCCUGGAAGCACAUAGGGAGCUGGGUGAGCCCCGCUGCCCCUGCGUGGGGUCAGGAACACGUUCUGCCCUGGCUGGAGGCUCCCUGGCCAGCUGGCUGAGGCCUGCAGAGCGUGAGAGAGGAGCAUCACACAGAUGUGCUCCACCAAGCUCUCUGCCCUCAGGUUACCUGGACCAGGCCCCCCAUCCAAACAUGUUUACUUGGUGCCUGGGGUCCCCUGGCCCAUCCAGCAUUCCCACCCACUCUUAUGCGCUGCUGGCAACAUGCCUUGACCCAUCACUUGAUUCUCUGGCCCCAGUUUUAGGACUGGAGCUCCACUAAUGACGCUGUCUGUGCACAGAAGGAUAUGGCUUUAAAAAAAGCCCAGACGUUAUCAUUCUACCUGGCCUAGCUUGUUCUCUCUUUAUUUUACAAAAAAAGAGAAUCAUUUAAAAGUACUAAUUAAAAUUGAUUUCUGUACUUAAAGGAAUUUCUUUAUGUUGGUACUUCCAACAAAAUAAUUGAAGCCACGAGGUCCUGGUCUUUUUAAAAGCAAAUAAAUUAAAAUAUUUUGAAGAUGGUGAAAGGGACUGAUUUUAAUAAGACAGAUUAGGUUGGAAACCUUAAAAUCACAGUGCCUUUCACCCUGAAACCUGGCCCCAGCACAGUGACCUUCACCACUUUGGUUCAGUAGAAUAUAAACAAAGUCCCUUAAAGCAAAGGAAUGUCUUUAAGGGGCAGCAGCAAUGCAGCAGCAUUUAUGUAGCAAUUCAAAUAUAAAAGUUCCAUCCCAUAAUGCCUGACUUUCCUAAAAUCACUGACAGCCUCCGUGGGCAGACACAUCUUUCUGUCAUGUUCCAGCCGCCCUGCGAGUCUGACCCACAUCACUGGGAAUGUCACAGGGCAUGCGGAUGCUGUGGAAGGUAAUCAGACCCACAUCUGCUUAUCACGAACCCAUCAUGGUUGUUCUCCUGGUAACUGGAAAAAGGAAGAAUUUUACAUGUCCACCUGGCCCACACUGAACGAGUUCACAGGGCCUCCAGCAAAAAGGCUGCUCUGAAGCGUGACACCAGGAUGCAGGGAAGCCUGGGGGUGCCUGUCUACCCAGCAUCGUUCCCGGGUUUUCCUCCCUGAUGCCUUCCUCAACGGGUGUCAUAACUGUUCCUGCUCCUUGCCCUCGGGCAUAGACAUGUGGAGAUUAGUCAGCACACCUAGACCUGAGCCUCUCCAUUCAAAUAAAUACAGACAAAGGCCACUGCCAAACACUGCAGCCCUCCUCUCACAUAAUGGGGUUAGUGAUUUAACCAAUUUGAAGCAAAGUAGCACCUUAUUUUGUGUCUUUUGUUGGAUUGAUGAAGCCGAUCACCACCACCCCCUUUUUUACCCCAAGCUGUGGAGGGAGGGUUGCCCUCACUCUUCUAGAAACGUUUUCCUCGCACAUGUCUCCCCGUAUAUUUGGUUCUGUUCUUGUUCACAUUCCUCAUUCUAAGGCCUGGGCCAAGGGCCUGUCUCAUCCUCGUGCUGGGCAGCAUCUCUGCCGGGUCCCCACCUGUUCCCGCACCCACUGAGGGCCAGUGGCUGCUGCUUCACACAGCAGAGCCACUCACACUCUCAGAGAACAAAGCAGGACCAGAGGAGCCUCCAGGACCUGCGUGUGGUGACUGUGAGCAGAGGAAAACUCUGCCCUCUGGACACACGUGUCAGGGAGACACGGGGGUGCCCGGCCGGGGUUGUCCUUCUUGCCGCAUGGGGUCCAGAAGACAGAUCUGGAAUUCCACGGUCGACCUGGAAACAAACUGUGCCUUCCAAAGAGUGGCUUUUCUAACUCAAGGUUGGUUACAUGUUAAGUGUGCUCCUAACUUAACAAUAAGCGCGUUCUCCUUCGGAGGAACUUUCUAACAUAGUGAUCUGUAGUUAACAGUGGCAGGUUGCCUCGUGGAUGUCUUUUUUGCGUUGUAUAGGAAAGGAGACCUGAAUUUACCUCAGGUGGCAAGAAUGGAAGUACAUAAGUGCAUUUUAAUUUCUCUUUCUUUAACUUCUUUUUGUGAAUAUGUGAUUUUAAGAGUACACCACACCGAUUUAGUAAAAAUCUUACACUUUGCCUACAUAGGCCUUUUCUGCAGAAUUUUUAAAGUCACCAAUGUCGUUAAGCGUCUUCAGCUCUGAACAAAACGAUGAGCUAGUCGUUAAAAGUGCACACGGGAGGAGGGGCUUCUGCUCAGAGUGUGUGUCAGAGCAGCUCUUGUACUUCAUGCCUUCAACUCAGCAAAUGACCAUAUUCCUUAAAAUAAAAUGUGAAGUUGUUUUUUAAUCAAA